AAACAAAAUGGAUUCGAUAAAGCUUGAGAUGGGAUCUGAAGAGCUGCAGGCGUGUCGCAUAUGUCUGGCCACUGAUGUUAAAGUAUUCGGAAUAUAUGAUAACAGACUGGAUGAGGUAUUCAUCGAUGUUAUGGGUACUACGUUGUCAGUAUGGGACGGGCUCCCGCAGCAUCUGUGCGGCUCCUGCGGUGUGCUGCUGCUGAAGAGCAGCGAGCUGCGCCGCCGCUGCCGUCACGCCGAGUUGCUGCUGCGCCAGUACACGCACACGAUUACCACAGACUUCAUCCGAACCAUAGACAGAGUGGCCAACAAGCUUUCCCUACAUCUCUCCAUCACCAAAAUUAACUCCGACACAGACACUAAGCCCAACAGCAUUGACACUAAACUCGACACAGAAACGAAACUCGACACAGACACGGAACUCGUCACAGACUUGAAACUCGACGAUGAUAAACAAGACAGUGAUGAAAACGACUCCCAAUCAGUGUCAGUUUUUUGCGAACCCGAAAUAUUUGUAAGCGAUGUUAAAUAUUCACAAGUUAUAGCCACAGAUAUAGACGUAGCAAACCGUAUGACGUUACGGAAACGGGUUAAAAGUGAAAAGAGGAGAAAAGAAAAAGUCAAAGUGAAAACAAAAGAAGGAAAAGUGGAAGCACCAAGAAAACAAAAGAAGGGUUUCAAAUGGUUUUUCAGUACGGAGGAGGAUUAUGUGAAAUUUGAGAAUAAGUAUAACAUUAGAGUGGUGAAGUUGAAUGAGGAGGAACAGAGACGGGAGAUGGAGGGAAGGAGAGAGUCGGAGAACUAUAGGCACGCGCAUGUGCGGUGCGAGAAGUGUUGUAAAGGGUUCUUGUCUAUGAUUACGUUUGAGAAUCAUAACAAGAUCCAUGACCCGAGUACAGGCGCGAACGAGUGCCCGUUAUGUUUCUCGCGUUACAAGUUCCCGACGCACCUGCGCCAGCACGUGGUGGAGAGCCACGCGCACAAAUAUGUGUGCAAGGUGUGCGACCAGGUCAUACGGCGGCGGAGCGCCGCCAUGUUGCAUUCUGCAUUCCACGCGGGCAGGACGUUCGAGUGCAAAUACUGCGGACGGACCUUCAAGAAAUCUUCAACCCGUUACACACACAUGCGCAUCCAGCACCCCGGCGAGAACGCGUCCGGGGGCGCCUGCGACGUCUGCGGGGAGACCUUCACCGGAGCCCUGGGGCUGCAGCAGCACAAGACGAGGAAACACAAUAAGCCCGCAGUGCCGGAGUUGAAGUGCAGUACCUGCUUGGUCCAGUUCGCGAGCUUGGACGCCGUCGCCAGACACACCGACACUACGCCCGACAACACCUGCGAUCCUAGUCUCAAGGCAUGCUCCGUGUGCGGGGAGACGUUUCCCGACGAGGCCCGGCUCGCCGCGCACGGCUCCGCCCACGCCGACACGCGCUAUAAGUGUGAUGACUGUAACCAACCGUUCGCAACCAAGUCGUCCCUCAGCACGCACAUCGACCGCGUGCACCUGAAGAUCAAACCGCGGUACAAGCUCAUCUACAAGUACAGUGCGGCGAGACGAGCGCAACUAGACGAAUACAUGUGCGAGACUUGCGGCAAGGGGUACACGAGCUUCGCGAACCUCAAAACACACCAGCUGCGUCACACGGGGGAGCGGCCCUUCCCCUGUCCCCAGUGCCCUAAGAGCUUCCUCACGGCCGCACAAGCUAAGGGCCACAAGGAGCGGGUGCACGCGGGGAUAAAGAAGUACCAGUGCACGCAGUGCCCCAAGACGUUCCUGGACAAGAGCUCCGUGUACAAACACAAAGUGGUACACACGGGUGAGAAACCCUACGAGUGCCAAAUCUGCAACAAAACCUUCACCCAAUCCGGUUCUUUGUCUACACACAUCAAGUACGUGCACAUGAAGGUCAAGCCACCGCCGAGGCGCCGGCGCGGGCUCGCUGCCAGCGGAGUAUAGAUACAUACAGGGGAUCAAGUCUGGGGUUGAAAUUACCUGCAUCCUGCCUGAAACCCUCUAUCCUGCACUACCCCGGGUUGCGCUAUGCGCAAUUGCGCAAGCUCUGUAUCCCGGAAGGUUUCCGUUCCGAGCUGAGGAUCCAGAAUCACAGCGGGGAGCCAUCCUGGUCUACUCUGGACCAACUGAGACUUCGGCGCUGUACCGCAGAGCCAUCUACGACUGCGACGCCCGCGAUGUAGAGCCUCAGGAAAGUGCCUCCUUUUAAGGACUUGUUUCUAUAUUUCUAUCUCUGUGUCAGCUCAGUUUUACGGACUCACGACCCUAGCUAACUUCCUGUAAUUAUAAAUAAUAUUAAAUACCUUUUCUAAAUUAAACUUUCAUUUCUAACCUAUCUAUCUCUACCUACAUGUGACCCUAAACGUCACAUUGGCGCCCAACGUGGGGCCCGAGG